CCUCCCUCCCUCCUUCCCUCGCUCGCUCGCAGCCGCUCGCCGUCUCCUCUCCGUGUUCGGCUCCCGGGAGCCGGCUCCGGCUCGGGCUCGGGCGUGAGCUAGGAGGACGAGGAGGAGGAGGAGGAGGAAGAGGAGGAGGCGGGGACUCAGGCGGGGCCGCCGCGGAGCAGCAGCAGCUGCUGGUGCGGUUGCUGGAGGAAGCGGCCGGUCCCUUGAGGCUCGCGGAGAAAUCACGGCGGAGCGGGCAAGGUCCGGGGACCAGAAAUCGGGAGUCAUUUUUUAUAUGGCUGCUUCGGAAUUGCUGACAGUCCAGCUUGCUUUUCUGUUCGUCGGACCGGCCUGAAACAAGAGGCAGGGCUGUGACCCUCACGACAAUGCAAAGAAGCCGACCCACUGAAAACCCCCAGAUCCUCACUACCUGCUGCCGGCCCUUCUCGUAGGGGUGUCUCAGGUUUUAACUAAACCAGUUUUUUCCCCUAUUGGAGAAUCUUGAGAGACAGAGCGUGUUGCAUUGUUGGAGAGGGGAAGGACAUCCCCGUAUAAUUUAGCUUUGGUGGAUGAAAGGAUUUUGAAAAACUCUUCUCUACGUUUUCCUUGAAGAUUAAUCCAGAAGGAGUGAGUGGGAAACAGAGCAAGACAUGUAAUGUGGCAGAGACCCAGACCGGCUUCAGGAUGAAUCUGGACACCUCACUUAGUAUAGGGCAGUGCUGUAGCUCCCAGAUGCCUUACGGAGCCCUCUGCCCCACUUCUCCUUAAACUCUUCCUCCUUUCCCCGUCAAAUCCCACUUCCGAAGAGAUCCUUUGGAACUCAGAAGUGGCCGGCCAGGAGUGGAGAACAAAUACUGGGAGAAAAGGAAGGGCCACAUGUUCUCUCUCUUCCCAGGAGCAGAUAUGAAGUACUGUUUCCAAGCUCUGGCUUCCCUGGUGUUACUGGGUGUGGUGUCAGCACAGAGACAAGUCACUGUCCAAAAGGGACCACUUUAUCGCACAGAGGGCUCCCACAUCACCAUUUGGUGUAAUGUCAGUGGCUUUCAGGGACCCUCUGAGCAGAAUUUCCAAUGGUCCAUCUACCUGCCAUCUGUACCUGAACGGGAGGUGCAAAUUGUCAGCACCAUUGACUCUUCCUUCCCUUACGCUAUCUAUACCCAGAGAGUGCGGAGUGGGAAGAUCUAUGUGGAGAGAAUCCAAGGCAACUCAGCCUUACUGCAUAUCACAGAAUUGCAGGCCCGGGAUGCUGGAGAAUAUGAGUGCCACACACCCACUACUGACGAGAGGUACUUUGGAAACUAUAGUGCCAAGAUGAACCUAAUAGUGAUCCCAGAUACCCUUCAGGCAACAGCGACACCCCAGACACUUCAGAAGGUGGAGCAGGACUCUCUGGAGCUGAGCUGCGAAGUAGCCACAGAGACUUUGCAACACAGCCACCUCUCGGUCACCUGGUACAGGCAGAGGGCUGGCGAAAAGCCUGUGGAGGUGAUCUCUCUGAGCAAGGAUUUUGUGCUCCACUCUAGCAGUGAGUAUGCCCAGAGGCAGACCUUGGGAGAGGUCCGCCUGGACAAGCUGGGAGAGACCACCUUCAGGCUCACCGUUUACCACCUUCAGACAUCUGACCAGGGCAAGUUCUACUGCGAGGCUGCCGAGUGGAUCCAGGAUCCUGACAAGUCGUGGUACCCCAUGACUCUCAAGCGUUCAGAAGGAACUGUGGUCAACGUCCAGCCAACUGACAAAGAGUUCAGUGUUCGACUAGAGACAGACAGACGGCUGUACACAGUCGGAGAUCCAGUAGAGUUCCGCUGUAUCCUUGAGGCCCAGAAUGUUCCUGACCGCUACUUUGCCGUCUCCUGGGCUUUCAACAGCUCCCUCAUCGCCAGCCUGGGGCCCAAUGCUGUGCCUGUGCUUAACAGUGAAUUUGCCCAGCGGGAAAGUCGGGGCCAGCUCAAGGUGUCCAAAGAGAGUGACAGUGUCUUUGUACUGAAGAUCUACCACCUUCGCCAGGAGGACAGUGGUAAAUACAACUGCAGGGUGACUGAGCGAGAGAAAACGGUCACUGGCGAGUUCAUUGACAAGGAAAGCAAACGCCCCAAGAACAUACCCAUCAUUGUUCUUCCUCUUAAGAGCAGCAUCUCCGUGGAAGUAACCAGCAAUGCCAGCACCAUCCUAGAGGGGGAAAAUCUUCACUUUUCCUGUAGCGUACGAACAGCGGACAGAGCCCAGGGCCGCUUCUCUGUCAUCUGGCAGCUGUUGGACAGGCGGAAUCGGCGAAAUAACAUCAUGUGGCUAGACAGAGACGGCACGGUGCAGCCUGGCUCUUCCUAUUGGGAACGCAGCAGCUUUGGGGGCAUCCAAAUGGAGCAGGUGCAGCCGAACUCAUUUACUUUGGGCAUCUUUAACAGCAGAAAGGAGGAUGAAGGCCAGUAUGAGUGCCACGUGACCGAGUGGGUACGGGCAGUGGAUGGCGAAUGGCAGAUCGUUGGAGAGCGAAGGGCUAGCACACCUGUGUCCAUUACUGCUCUGGAGACUGGCUUUGCUGUCACGGCCAUCUCCCGCACGCCUGGCGUGACCUACAGUGAAUCAUUUGACUUACAGUGCAUCAUCAAACCCCAUUACCCAUCUUGGGUUCCAGUGUCGGUGACCUGGAGGUUUCAACCUGUGGGCACCAUUGAAUUCCACAACCUGGUGACCUUCACCCGGGAUGGUGGGGUUCAGUGGGGGGAGCGGUCCUCCAGCUUCCGAACUCGCACUGCCAUCGAGAAAGCAGAGUCCAGCAACAAUGUACGUUUGAGCAUCAGUCGGGCCAGUGACACUGAGGCGGGAAAGUACCAGUGUGUGGCCGAGCUUUGGAGAAAGAACCACAAUAGCACCUGGACACGCCUGGCGGAGAGAACAUCCAACUUGUUGGAAAUAAGAGUGCUACAACCAGUGACAAAGCUACAAGUGAGUAAGUCUAAGAGGACUAUCACCCUAGUAGAGAACAGGCCCAUCCAGCUGAACUGUUCAGUGAAGUCUCAGACCAGCUUGAACUCCCACUUUGCCGUCCUCUGGUAUGUCCACAAGCCCUCUGACGCCGACGGGAAGCUCAUCCUGAAGACCACCCACAACUCUGCCUUUGAGUACGGCACCUAUGCCGAGGAGGAGGGCCUUCGAGGGCGGCUACAGUUUGAGAGGCACAUGUCUGGGGGCCUCUUCAGCCUGACCGUCCAGAAGGCGCAGGUCAGCGAUAGUGGCAGCUACUACUGCCAUGUGGAGGAGUGGCUUCUGAGCCCCAACUAUGCCUGGUAUAAGCUGGCAGAAGAAGUUUCAGGACGGACUGAGGUCACGGUGAAGCGGCCAGAUAUCCGCCUGAAGCUGAGCCAGGCCCAAGGGAACAUCACAGUUUUGGAAACCCAGAAAGUAGAACUGGAGUGUUUGGUCCUCAAUCGCACCAGUGGGACAUCCCGGCUUUCUGUGGAAUGGCACGUGUGGAAGCCCAACCACCCAGAGAGAGAAACGGUCGCCCGCCUGAGUCGAGAUGCCACCUUCCACUAUGGGGAGCAGGUCGCUAAGAACCAUUGGAAGGGAAGGCUGCAUUUGGAAAGCCCUUCUCUGGGCGUUUACCGCCUCAUCAUCCAGAAUACCGCUGUUCAGGACAGUGGGACAUACAACUGUCUUGUGGAGGAGUGGCUGCUGAGCCCCAGUGAUGUGUGGUAUAAACGGGCAGAAGAAUCAUCAGGACAGACGAUUGUCACAGUAUUGAGACCAGAUGCCACACUGCAGGUGGACACCGUGGUGCCCAACAUCACAGUGCCAGAGAAGUCCCCUUUCCAACUGGACUGCAACAUCUUAUCUCGUUCGAGUCAGGAGUCCCGCUUUGCAGUUGCCUGGUAUGCUCUCAGGACUAAAGCAGGAGGGAAGAAAGGCAGCACACUAGAGGAUGAGGAAAUAGAACGGAAGGCCAUGCUAAGUGUGGGUCCUGACGCCAUCUUUGGCCCCGAGGGUAAUCACUGGGAAGGCCGGCUCCGGUUCCAGAGACUCUCACCUGUGCUGUACCGGCUAACAGUUUUGCAAGCAGAUCCUAGUGACACGGGAAACUAUUCCUGCCGAGUGGAAGAAUGGUUAUCCAACCCUCAGAAAGAGUGGUACCGAUUGACCGAGGAGGAAUCUGGCCCAAUUGGCAUCCAAGUUCUCGACACAGGUUCCACACUCCAGUCCAUCAUCUGCUCCAACGACGCCCUCUUCUAUUUUGUCUUCUUCUACCCUUUCCCCAUCGUUGGCAUCUUGAUCAUCACCAUCUUACUAGUCCGUUUCAAGAGCAGAAACUCUAGCAAGAACUCCGAAGGCAAGAACGGAGUGCCCUUGCUGUGGAUCAAAGAACCCCAUCUCAACUAUUCCCCAACCUGCCUGGAGCCUCCUGUUCUCAGCAUCCACCCAGGAACCAUAGACUAACGGGAGGAUUGGAGCAGACCCGGCACGUCAAGGAGCAGAUGGAUCUUUGUUGCUUCCCUCCCCCGUCUGUGCAUUUCGUAACAUAGGACAGCCAAUAGACUCUGGAGUCCCUUGCCCAGAAGGUUUUCAGACUUGAAAAGUUUGAUAAAAUCCCCCCAGCCAGUGACAGAGAUAGACACUUGUUGCUGGCACCUAGCAGACCCCCUCUGCUCUUUAUUUCCAUUGCCUGGCUAGUUACUCUGGUUCUGAUGUCAUAGCCCUACUGUUAGAGAUUUCUUCUUGGAACGUAGUGAGUACUUCCUGGAGCCACUUGGACCGAUUAACUUAUAGUAUUCUCUGAUGGUCGUUACAGGGGUUUGUUUGGGGGGGGCAGUUGGUCCAGAUUUAAGAAUCACUUUGGUUCAGUCUUUUUGAGGGAUGGAAUUCCCCUAACCCCCAACUGAUUGUAAAAAGAACCAAGAACUAUGGACUGAUGAGGGGCCUUUUUUUAAAGAUUUUUUUUCUUUUGCACAUUUUUUGAAAAAAAGCUACCCCGAAUCAGAAUAUUCCAAGCUGUUUUACUUGCAUAAAAAAUAUUUGAAAAUGGUGUGUAGCACAGGCCCAAUUUGUAUUUUUUCCCCUUCAGCCCAGCCCAGAGUGGUUUGAAUCACUUUGUAGUCAAGAUGAAAGCCUCACAUUUUACUUCAAAGGGCCAUGUGCAUACAAGAGAAAAGAAGUCCUGCAGAAGCCCAUUAGGAGCGGAUUGCUGUCUAGCUAACUGGCCUAUCAGACAGACCAAAAAGGCUUCCUCGGGAGCUUGCCCCCAAAAAAGGUUUGGACAAGGAGGUCAAAGUUCAAUGACACUCCUUCUCCAGACUAGCAUAGACAGGAGGGCUGCUUUCAGGUCGUUUUUUUUUUUUUUAAAUCAGGCAGUAGAUUAGAGAGGGAAGGAAAAUUCCUUCAAUUCCUGUUGGUUUAAGCAAUGAUAUUUGGUCACUAGAUGAUGACAGUGACCUUCGCAUGCAUGAGACUUUAGCUUACGAUGCUUUGUCAGACCUUUAAGGAGACUGGGCAUGUGACGAGCCUGGAGCCGUGCUCUGACAAAGCUCUGCAUGUGGCGGCAGGCAGUAGACGACGGGCACUAGGGACUCCCACCAAACAGAUUUGUUGAGAGUUGGAGAUUGAGAGGAGAGGGAAAGGAUUUCCUUGGCUUGGCAUCGGUGAAUAAAAACCACCGUCCAUUCCUCCCCAAAAAUAGGUGUCACUCUUUACUAUCAUUAAUCUUCCUUCCCAUGUCCUGUCUUCAGAAGAAUGUUAUCAAGGAUUGGGGGAAGCAGAGAAUUACCCAGUAUGUGCUAGUAGAAGUUUUUAGUAGAUUGAGUAUCUUGGCCUUUUUUUAGUCUUAGCGAAAAAGGAUCCAGUGCCAUUGACUGUGGGUGCUUUUCUUCCUUACCCACUUAGAUUUUCUUUUUAUAGUUUUAGAUUUGUCCUUUAGCUGUAGCUUGGACUUUUGUCCCCUGCCCAAUCCUUGAGUCUUCCUGCUGAGAAGGUUAAUUCUUUAGAGCCUCCUAGACAUGACCUGGGAUGGUGUUACUACCAUUUCAUGCUGUAAGGCAGAAUGCUUAGCUACUCUGGGCCAUCAGAAUUAUGGAGAUAAGGGGGAGGGGGGCUUACUUACUUUCCCUCCCCUUUCUCUUGCCCUCUUUUCAUGAAGAUCUUUUUCCAGACUUUUUCUUCACCCAUUUCACUUGGUGGUGGCUGCCCCCCACUGGUCCAAAUCCUGAAUCCCAGAGUAGCUACCAAUCUAGAGGAACCUUGUCUCUCCCACCUCCUGACCUUGACAAUACCCUCUCUCUUCCCCCCGCCCCAGAUCCCACUAAGUUUAUGUUGAAACUGAACUCUCACAAGUUUCCUGGAACUCGAGCCUAAACUAGGAGCAGGAUCCAGAGGACAGAUAGCUGAGGAACUUUCUGGCCCACGUUGGCCUUGACUCCAGCCCUCAGGGUGUCUCAGCAUUUGAGCGUAGGGAGCAGUGUGUUCAUUAGAUGCUUUUCACCUAUUUUCUGCUCAACCACCUGCAGCGAGGUGAUCAGCCUAGUAGUCGUUUUUUUUCCGACAGCCUGGUAUGACCAGGGCUGGUUAGCACCAGCCAUAAAAGUACUCUACCUUCAGAGAACACCUAGGCACUGCCACCUUAAUCAUCCUGGCUGCCUACCCCUCUUCCUUUGGCUUAUUUUUAUUAUCCACUCCAUCAGCAUUUAGACCAUAUGGCAUUAUCUCAGUUGUCAUUGUGUUGGGAAACAAAACAGUCUUUGAAAUGUGUAUUUUGCCACCUCUAUUUCAUUUCAGGGCAGGUGACUCCCUACGAGAAGGAGCCGGAAUAGACUGGAGGUGGGUGGGGGGAAACUCCCUUUUUCUCUCUGAAAGGGAAGGGUGCCAUAGGGUGGGAUGGGUGAGCUGUUUCUUCCCAAGAUAUUUGCGGUAACUCGGACGGAAGCCACCUCGAGCUGGUUGGCACUUAGAUGAAGGGAGAAGACACUACAUGGAACAAAGUGUGUCAGAUUCAUCAUAAGAAAUCUGCGAUUGAAAAAGAAACCGAAGCCAGUAUUUUAGGAUGGUGCUGUUUUUUCCUUCUGUGCAUAUCUCAUCCGCCCAGGGAUGCCAUAAAAGGGUGAAUUUGGCCUUUGCCGGCUUUCCCCGGCAACCAGCCACAGCCUAUGGCCAUUUCCAUAGGAAUGGUUUUCUCUCUGUGGUCCAUCAGACAUGUGGUCACAUGGCGCCCUCCAGUGGCCCCAGUCCUUCAUUUCACAUUGUUUUCUGGGGCUUUGUCGUUCCCUGGUCCCAAAGAGGAGAAAUAGCUUUGAUCUUAUUAAGUAACCUUUGGUAGAAAUGCAAUAUUAAUGAAGGCGCAUUUAUGAAACAACCACACUGUGCUAGGCCCUUUGAAGGGACAUGGACAAGAUGAGGACCUCCUUCACCAGGGUGUUUCUAUAAAAAGUUUUAUUAUUCUUUCCAAACAACGGUUCUUCUGCAUUAACUUGAGUUGGAGCAAAAAGGAGAGGAGGAAGGACAUUGCCCAUGCAUGAUGUGGAAAGCUGUUGGAUUUUUUUUAAGAAAACUAUUUGUAUGAUGUUGCACUAAAAAUGUUUUAUAAACACUUCAGAGACCUGUAGUAAAUUAUGUUGAAAAUAUGACUGUUUCUAUUUACUUUCUUUGAAGUUCUUUUGUUUCGACUUCAAGACUUAACUAAAGAGGGCAGCUAGGUGGCACAGUGGAUAAAGCAACUACCCUGGUUUCAGGAGGUCCCGUGUUCAAAUCUGGCCUCAGACACUUGACACUAGCUGUGUGACCCUGGGCAAGUCACUUAACUCCAAUUGCCUCACCAAAAAAAAAAUACAUAACUACAGUUAUCCCUACCACAUCUUGACUUUCCCCGUUGCGAUUUCACUAGAUCGUGGGUUGGCAUAAGAAAUGAAAUGGGAAUUUGGGGCGAUUGUGCCAAAGUUGCAGACGACAUGAGAAAACCAACAGAUGACACAUAAAAGGCUUGGAAAUUCAGAAAUGCAUAAAAUACAUGUAUAAUAUCAAUAUAUUUUAUCUUUUAAUACCAUAAUAAUCCAGACUUCUCUGCUACAAAGGGACGGCCAAAUAAUUUUACAAAGAUUUUCCAGGUUGCAGGGGUGCCACACCCACAACCCCUGUGAUGUAGAAGAGAUAAUGAUACUUCCUGCAGCUUCUGACUUUUCCAUUUACCAGGAGCAAGCUCUGGGCUCCCUGAGUCCCCAAUUCUUAGUACUGGUAAAAAAAAAAAAAAAAAAGAACACUGGAACAGGGAGUCAAAAAACUUGAGUUCCAAUCCUGCUUCUCCACUUAACUUGUGAUUUUUAAGCAAGCCAUGAUCCAUCUGUGAGCUUCCUUGUGUCCUCAAAUAAAAUGGGUUAAAAUGGUUAAAAAUCAAAACGAAAAAAUGUUAUCACCUCUCUUACAGGUUAGUUGCGAUGAGGUAUGUGCAGGGUGGGCCAAAAGUCACGAAUAUUGAAUAACUCCUUUACUUUUUGUUUUCA